UCUUCAUUUAUUGGAGCCAUAGCAGUUGGAGAUUUAGUGAAAAGUACCUUGGGUCCGAAAGGGAUGGAUAAAGUUCUUCAAUCUAUGACUACUGGGGAUAUAAUGGUUACAAACGAUGGAGCAACAAUUCUGAAGAGCAUCGCCCUUGAUAACGCAGCUGCCAAGGUGCUUGUCAACAUAUCUAAAGUUCAGGAUGACGAAGUUGGUGAUGGGACGACUUCUGUCUGUGUGCUUGCGGCAGAAUUGUUGCGCGAAGCAGAAAAACUUGUGAAUCAAAAAAUUCAUCCCCAAACUAUUAUUGAAGGUUACCGUCUUGCCAGUGCAGCAGCAUAUAAAGCAUUGGAAGCUUCUACUAUUGACAAUAGUGCCGAUCCUGAGGCUUUUCGAAAGGAUCUUAUAAAUAUUGCUCGAACAACAUUAAGUUCAAAAGUUUUGUCACAAGAUAAAGAUUACUUUGCGAAGCUUACUGUGGACGCAGUACUGAGACUUAAGGGUAGCACAAAUCUUGAGCACAUUCAAAUUAUCAAGAAAUGUGGCGGGAGACUUUCGGAUUCUUAUCUUGAUGAAGGUUUUAUUUUGGAUAAAAAAAUCGGAGUCAAUCAGCCUAAAAGAAUUGAAAAUGCAAAAAUUUUAAUUGCAAAUACACCAAUGGACACCGACAAAAUCAAAAUAUUUGGUGCACGCGUACGAGUUGAUACUACCGGAAAAUUAGCUGAUCUGGAAAGAGCCGAGAGGGAUAAGAUGAAGGAAAAGGUUGAGAAGAUCAAGGCUCAUGGAAUCAAUUGUUUUGUUAAUCGGCAGUUGAUUUACAACUGGCCUGAGCAGCUUUUUGCUGAUGCUGGCAUUAUAUCGAUCGAGCAUGCAGAUUUUGAUGGUGUUGAAAGAUUGGCUUUGGUGACUGGUAGUGAAAUUGCUUCCACGUUCGAUCAUCCUGAACUUGUGAAGCUAGGACAUUGCGAUCUUAUAGAAGAAAUAAUCAUCGGUGAAGAUAAGUUACUUAAAUUUUCAGGAGUUGCAGCUGGUGAAGCUUGUACAAUUGUAUUGCGAGGCGCUACGAACCAACUUUUGGACGAAGCUGAACGAUCAUUGCAUGAUGCAUUGAGUGUAUUGACACAAACGGUUAAAGAAACGCGUACGGUAUUUGGUGGCGGUUGCUCGGAAAUGAUUAUGGCAAAAGAAGUUGAUGAAUUAGCCGCAAAAACCGCGGGAAAGAAAGCAAUUGCAAUAGAAUCCUUCGCCAAGGCUCUAAGACAGAUCCCCACCAUUUUGGCUGAUAAUGCAGGUUAUGACAGUGCAGAUCUUGUUGCCAGAUUGCGAGCAGCUCAUUAUGAAGGAAAAUCAACAUAUGGAUUAAACAUUGCGGAAAACACAAUUGGAGACAUGAAAGAAAUUGGUGUUACCGAAUCGUAUAAACUUAAGCGUCAAGUAUUACUGAGUGCAUCAGAAGCAACAGAGAUGAUCUUACGCGUUGACGAUAUUAUUCGAUGUGCUCCACG